GUAAUAAAGAAGGAGAGGACAUGCUGCCUUCCUGAAAAGAAUAUAACUUCCUUUUUAAAAAGAAGAAGUUACAGAAGAAUACAAAUAGAAAUACUUUAGCACAUGAUAACACAGAAUACAACGAAACAAUUGUAAAAUGAAAAUAGAUACAGGAAACAGAUCAGACAUAACUCAAAGCAAAAAUGACAAACUAUACAAGUGAAAUCCUUCUGGAUACAUCUCAUUGCUCUGGAGUAAGAUGCAAGUUUGGAAACUCUGUUUUCAAGUUUAGAAUGGAUAACAAAGGGUCAAGUAAGAAAAUCCUGAGAUGUCCUAUACAGAAUUACACAAUGGCUGCAGAAAUGACAUCAACAAAUUAUCUUCCACCCAUCAUUGAACAAAGAAGGAUUUACUACUGUUGCUACCAUUACCCAAAAGGAGUUUUCUUAUCUGCCUGUCUUCCCCUCAUCAUUCUUCUCUUCUCCUGCCUUACAGCUGUAUUUCUUUAUAAUGUCAUCACUUUGAAAACAGAACUGGCAAACUUACAGGCUGAGCUGAAGUCAUACAGAAAACUUGAAAGAAUUCAACAAUCUUCUACUUCUGUGCUGGAGAACAACCAAAGGGGAGCAAGCAGUAAGGCACACCUAACCGGGGGGCAAGAUAAGCAGAAAGAAAAAUCUGCACAUAUACAGAAAGAAGAAAGUUUUCUACAUAGCACCCGAUCACGCAGGCAUGCGUCCGAGGGAAAAGUUUAUCAUUCCUGCCUGCAACUAAUUGCUGACAAAACAAGGAAUACAGAAAACCAAGGUGACAACACCUUAAUACCUUGGAUUCUGAGUUUUAAACAAGGACCUUCUUUUACAUACAGCCAAAAUAAAAUUUUGGUAAAAGAAAGUGGAUUAUUUUUCAUAUAUGGUCAGGUUUGGUAUAAGGAUUGUGUGUUUGCCAUGGGUCAUGUAAUUCAGAGAAAAAAGAUACAUGUAGUAGGUGAUGAUCCAAGCUUGGUUACUCUACUUACAUGUAUACAGAAUAUGCCAGAGGCAAACCCCAACAACUCAUGUUUCACAGCAGGAAUUGCGAAAUUGGAUGAAGGUGAUGAACUUCAGCUGAUAAUACCAAGAAGCAAUGCCAACAUCUCUUUAAGUGGACAUAGCACUUUCUUUGGGGUGAUUAAACUCUUGUGAAUGGAGAAGAAAAAUGCCAGAUCUUUUUUUAUUACUUUUGCAACCAGAAGCACAGGGAAAUAACAGUGUCAAAACAGGAAAUAAAUGUGCAACGACCUUGGAGUAUUUUAAGAAAUCCAGUAAUAGGAUGUUUUAUUAGUGCUAAAAUGAUUGGAACAAUGCUUUCUGUAAGUCAUCGUCACUUCUUGAA